GAGAAGAUGGCCGCCGGGGCGGCCCUUCCGCUGCCGGGAGGCGGCGGCGGGCUCUCUCACCGCCUUCUGGGGCUGCGAGAGGCUCCGUGACUGCCGCUGCCUGCCUGAGCGGAGCCCAGCCCCGCGGGGGCGGUGGUGGCGCUGGAGCCGGAGCCGGAGCCGGGCCGGCGGCGGGCGGUGGGGCGCGGGGAGGGCGGCAGCAGCCCUCCCGGUAGCCCUCCCGCCGCCAUGAGGAGCGAGCCGCUGGCCUGGGCCCCGGUCUCGGCUCAGGCGGCCUCGCUGCUGGAGGAGGCGGCGGACCUGCUGGUGCUGCACCGGGACUUCGCCGCUGCCGUGGAGAGGUGUGAGGCCGGCUGUGACAGCCUGGGCCCCGGGACCGGCCCCGGCCCCGGCCCCGAGAGUUCUGCAGAAGUGAAAUGCUCCCUUUGUGUUGUGGGGAUUCAGGCACUGGCUGAGAUGAACCGGUGGAGAGAAGUUCUGUCUUGGGUCCUGCAGUAUUACCACAUCCCUGAACAUCUGCCUCCAAAAGUUCUGGAGCUGUGUAUCCUGUUAUACAGCAAAGUCAGAGAGCCCCAGGUAAUGCUGGAGGUUGGCAGUAGCUGGCUGAGAGACCAAAGCAAUAAGAGCCUCCCCGAGUACAGUUCGUUGCUGGAGCUCUAUCUGUUGCAUGUGUUGCUUCCACUUGGCCGGUUUGAAGGGGCAGAAGAGCUUGUACGCAGCUGUGAUGUUUUUGAUAGUGAGCAGCAGCUAGCAUUUCUCGGGACCAUUUGUGAAAGCCGAUGUCAGUGGACUCAACAGGAAGAGAUGCGCUUGGCUGCUGAAGAGCAGCCAGAUGCAACAACAGAAACUGUUUUGGGUGUUCUGUCCCAAAAGCUCUUGACCAUGUUGACGUUAUUACGUAGAGCGCUGAGGUCCAUGUCAAGCCACUUCUACUUACUCCCUUACAAAAAGAUGCUCUUGGCUACUUUUCUGCUGUACCUGGUGGUGGUGAGAUUAGACCCAGCUUCUCCCACAUCACUGCCAUUCAUUUACAAACUGGUCCAGCUCUUCCGACAGGCUUGGGCAGCUGUAUUUUCUCCAAUCCAUAGGCCUCCAAUUCAAGACUAAGUGUAUUCCAUCACAGAAUGCGUUUUUUCUCUGCUGCUGUAAAACUGUCAGCUUAAGGAUGUUAUCAGGCUCUUCAAGGUCUGUUGAAGUCAGUGUCCUAAUUGAGAUGACCACCUGUGAACUCCUGUGUGGCGACACCUUAGUUUCUUCAGACGGGGAAUUGUGUUGUAUGAAUUUUGAAACCGGGACCAAGUAUUCCUGAUGUUUUGCUUGGCUCUACAGCACCGUUCUGUCCAACACCAGGGUAAAGCCACUCCUUCUAUAAUUUACAACUGAAUAAGAAUCCUCAUUUUCAAACACUUUGCUUUGGAUGUAGUUCUUCAGUGAGGGUUGCAUAGCCAGAUAUGAACUACAGAAGAAAGUUUGAUCCUUGCAAAUGCUGGGCAGUUUUCUGAAGAAGUGAAAUAGUGUUCCUGGAGGCAUGACUGUAAAAGGCAACGAUGUACCAGUAAUUAGGGGAAUAUUCUGCUUGGCCUGAAGACAUCUGAAAAGCCCAGUUCCUGCAGCAUGGGAUUUAGAACAAGCAUGUGGAAGAAAAACACUGGAGAAAAUGAAGACUAUUGCGUUUUGAAGGCCAUGGUUUCUCUUGUGACUGAUGCCUCCUUACAUAGGCAUUGACUUUAGUCAUACAUAGGCAUACUCUUGAUUUUAGUCAUAUUUAAGCCAGAAAGCCAAGGUGGUGGGCCACAAAGACUCUUGCGCUGCACUUUCUCGUCUUAAAUGCAAAUUACAGCACUCUGUGCUUGCCUGAUGCAUAGUAAUUCUUAAGAGCACGUGGUGGUGGUGGUAAGGAAAUAGAUUUAUUUUUUUUAAACUAUAUAUUAUUGUCUAGUUGAACAACUGAAGUUGUUGCAUUGUUUUACUCUUUCCCUACCUCUUGCUUUUUUUAUGUAGGUGUCAAAAAGACUCUGUAUGUAGAAUCCACCCUCCCCCAUCCCCCAAUAUCUAAAGUCCUGGUUUAUGAGGCAGCCAUUUAGCAAUGCUUUAUUAUUCAGAACAAACAUGCAUUAACAGGUAGAAAGAGGUAUUUCUCUGAGAUCCUCAAACCUUCCCCGGAUCCGUGGCAAGAAAAUUGUCUGUGUGGAAGAUCAGUCACCAGACUGACCCCACUUCUGACCACUCGGGGAAGAAAUUGGAGGUUAUGGGUAGAACAUUCAUUUCUUCUCCAUCCAUCUUCCUAUUGUCAAUUGACAAAAGGUAAAUUCCAAGGGGGAGAGCACUGGCCUACUUAAAUAUUGCUUCCACUGGAGAAAACUGUUGUGUGCUGGAGAGACAAGUUAAAAGUAAGGAGCCUUUGUGGCAAACAAGUAGGUCGCCAUCCCAGCAUUUGUGUCAAAAUGAUGCAGGCUGGCUGACGUCAUCCCAAACUACAAAAUAUUGAACAAAGCAGCCUUUUUGGUGAAGGCAAAUCCUAUCCAACACGCCAAACCUGUGAAAAGUAGCCAACAGAGAUCACAGUGGAACAGUAGUCCUCUUCAAGUUGUUCCUUUGUCUCUAGCAGUCACCAUACCGUGAGGUGGUGGCUAUUUCUAUUAACAAGGAAAGCAGCCUGUUGGUGUCUUUAAACUAUGUGUGAUCUGUUGCUUUGUUGUCUCCUGGGCCACUUUGAAAACAGUUCUGUGUCUGGUUCUUCUUGGAUUAUCCCAAUCGAGAAACACUCCAAUACUAGUGUCAGAUAAACUGAGGCAGGUCAUACCUGAAUGCAGCAAUGACCUUGCUUAGUUGUCUUAGUAAAAAAACCAAAACAAUCCCAUAUCCCUCCCCAAUGGUUUUUCUCUGCUAGGACUUUACACCAGGCUAAGUAGCAUGUAAUGCUUCACCAUAUUAAAAAGUUAUUUCUUACAUACUCUGCACACAUAACGAAGGCCUGCUUUUGAUAUCGCUGGAUGAUUCUUGUAAUCCAACUAUAAAGUGUAGUUACAACUCCGCAACCAACAGUUGAUGCGAAAACAAGUAGAAUCAAAUAUGGAGGCUCUGCCUGGACUUGAGCUCUUUGAAGAUAUGACUAGGUGGUAUCUACUGGCCCCCUACUUUGCAAGGCCUCACUUUAAGUACUUUGUAAGCCAGUUAAUGAAAAAGCAAAAAAAAAAAAAAAAAAAAAAAAAGCCAGGCCAGAUUCUCACCAAAUUGACUGUUUAGGUAACAACCAAUUUUUGCUCUAGUUUUCUAUUAACACUGUUAGUUAAAUGGCAGAGACGCAAUUUUGGAGGUUGGGACCAGUGGUCUGAGCACGCCAUACAUCAUGUUUAGAAUGCUGUUAAAUGUCAUAGCCACUCAUUUACCAGGACUUUAACAUUCAACUUGAUUUUAAGCGCAGGUUGGUAAUCUUCCCCUUUUUUUUUUUUUUUUUUUUGAGUACUACUGAUUUUGCAUUUGUAUUGUAUUUAAUUCAUCAUGAGAGGGCAAGAAGGCAGAAGCAAGCCGUCAGGGUUUUUGUGCAAUUAAUACUAAAACUGCAAUAUUUAAUUUUCACAAUAAAGUGACUACUGAUUUAUCUCUUUGUAGAGCUGCUUAUUUGUGCUGUGAUUAAAUAUAUGAAAACUUUUGCAUUUAAUGUAUUGAUACUCUACAGUUCUCAAUUUGCAGAAAUGUUUCACUAUGUGUCCUUGUUGUACAGGCAUAUUUGAAUUAAGUAGAGGACUUGUUCACUGUGAAUCUGAUGAGAUCUAAUCAACUGAUGAUGUCAGAAGGGUGUAAGCCUGCAUUUUCAUAGGAGUUCAGAGAGUGGUAAUUACUUUCUGUGAAACAUCCAGCAUAUAGGUAUUUUUUUUUUGAAUAUGUAAGUGUACGUUGGGAUGGCCAAGACCAGUACUACCAAGAAUAAAGGACCUGGAAUUUA